AACGCUUCUUCAACGCAAAAACUCCCCAAAAUCCCAAUACAAUGUCCAUGUUGGAUCAAGUGAUGAGCGUCACCAAGGGUGCAACAGAUGGAAUUUCUAGUGUUAGCAAGCAAGUCAAUACUUCGAUUAGGAUGUUGGGAACUUCGAGUAUUCAGGGCGCGGUUGGAUAUGGAAUUGGUUUUCGCCAUGGUUUUGGACUUGGUAUAUCUAUGAAAUCAGGAGUGGAUAAACUUCAAUCUAGUGUAAUAGAACCAAUGACAAAAAUGACUGGACUUGUUCCCGGUUUACCCUUUGGUCAGGGUGCAUUGCCGAUGCCAGCAUCCUCAAAGAAUGACCAAGUUUCUUCUGAAAGCAUGAUGCAAUCGGUAACUAAAUCAGCAGAUCAAAUAUCUGCAGGAAGAAGCAUGAUGCAGCAGGCAACUAAAUCAUUUGACCAAAUUUCUCAAGAAAGCUUAAUGCAGUUGGCAAAUAAAUCAGUCCACCAGCUUUCACAAGGUCUUGUAGGGUCUCAAACAGAGAAGGGUGGACUCGUGCAGUCAGAAAAUGAACUACUUCAGACGGUUAUGAAACAGCGACAAAUCAUUGAUGAACUUAGGGAGGAAAAUGAGAAGCUUUGCCAGAUACUGCAAGUGAAGGACCUGAAAAUACCAUGCAGCAAGCUUCCGCCAAGUUCUUCAGGUACUUUUCCAAUUUGAACAGAAGAUAAUGGCAGUGAAAAAGUGUAGAGCCAGAAGAACAAUCCAUGCAUAAAUUAUUACUUCAUUAAAAAAAGAUUGUGUUUUUAGUACUGUAACAAGUAAUUUUUUUAAUGAGUAAAUUGGAAAAUAAUUUCUGAUAAUUAGUUUUUGUUUAGUUCUGAUCAUAGAUCCCUUAUGAGUAACAUAAAAAGCUAAAGUUUGGUACUCAGAAUUUUUAAUUCAUUGGGGGUGGAAUCUAGUGCUUUAUUUUCUGUGGUACAAAAUUCUCCAUAUGUAAUUUUAUCAUAAAUGAA